AUGGUCGACAAUCAGACACAGCUGCCCGCAGUGAGGCAAAGUCGCAUGAACAUCGACGCACUGCUAAACCCCCCAAGUGAUGAAACGGAGUAUAGCACCACUGGCUCCCCAUACACCCAACACGCCACCAUUUCCACCUCACACAACGCCGGCUACACAACCUCGCCAGGCUACCCACCCAGUCCAAACCAAUACUGGUACGGCCGAUAUGGCGGCUACCACGACACCAGCCCCGGCGCCGCCUCAACAGCCACAACAAACAACAGCAGCACAUCAAGCGGCAGCAUGAGCCACCCACACCAACACCACCACCACAUGUUCCUAACCUACCGCCCAUCAGGCGGCAGUGUCGGCGGUGGAGGCAGCAACGGCGGCGGCGGAGACAGUGGACGAGGCCCCGGAUCCACGCACAGCUCUCCAGACCCCUACCACCCGCGCGAGCGCUACGACUCCGUCUCCAGCAGCUCCAGCAACAACGGUACAGACCGUCGACGACCCCCUCGACCCAAGUACGAGGAAGAGGAGAUGUACUUCAUCUGGUACCACCGCGUCGAUCUCUGCCAGGAGUGGAAGGAGGUGCGCGAGAGCUUCAAUCGCCAGUUCCCCAGUCGCCAGCGCCGCGGCUUCCAGGGCAUCCAGUGCAAGUUUUAUCGCUUUAUUAAGGAGAAGAGGUGUCCGACGCUGAGGGAGCAGCGCAGGAUGCGCGAUGGGGAGUUCAUGCGUGAUGGGUCUGCGCUCGGUGCUGAUCCUAGUGGGCCGCGCUUUGGCGUUAUUGAGUAUGCGAAUGUUUGGUAUCCGUGGAUGCGCGAGGAUCGCGAAUCGGCCAUGCGCAAGCAGGCGAUACAUCAGCAGCAGAUGGCGGCUGAGGCUGCGGCGGCAGGAGCAUGA